AGUCGUUGAGCUCCGCCUCUCAGCCGCGUCGUCCGGACGAGAGGUCGCCCGGGCUCCUCCUUUCCGGCAGCGACGCUUCGUGCCGCCCCUCGGCUUGCCUUCCGCAGCAUGGGCGGCGUCGAGGAGGUCCCGACCGGCACCUGCCGGGAGAUGUGCCCGGCCGCCGAACUGGCGCGGCGGCGGCGCCAGCGACGGCUGCACAUCUUGGAGCUGGGGCCGCCGGAGCAGGCGGUGAAGGAGUACUCGCGGCCGGCCGCCGGCAAGGAGCGCCCGCGGCCCGAGGAGCUGCGCCCGCCGCCGGUGCUGCUGGCCACAGUGCGGCACUUGCUGGGCCAAGCGGCGCGCUCGCAUCCCGACCUCUCCGCCGCCGAGCAGUGCGCCUUCGUAGCCGACCGUCUGCGCGCCGUGCGCCUAGACCUGACCGUGCAGCGCGUGUCCGGCCGGCCCUGCGCGGCGGUCCUCGAGCGCUCGCUUGUCUACCUGCUCCGCGCUGGGCACCAGCUCUGCGGGGAGCCGCCUGCCCGCUUCGACGCCCACCUGCACCGAGCCCAGGUCCAGGAGUGCUUUGCCGCCCUGCGCCGCGCCUACCGGGACGAGGGAGACCACCGCAUCGCCUCCGAGCCCCUCUUCCAAGCGCUCUUCUUGCUGUACAACCUGGGCUCCCUGGAUGCUCUCUGGCAGAUCUUACAACUCCCCAGUCACAUCCGAGCUUCCCCUGAACUUUCCACAGCACGGGCAAUCAACUUGGCUUACUUGGAGCAUAACUUUGCCCGCUUUUUCCGCCUGGCUCGGGAGCUGCCCUACCUGCUGAGCUGUGCCCUCCAUCCACACGUGGCAGGGGCCCGCCGCCUGGCCCUGCUCACCUUCAGCCAUGGUUUCAGCAGCAGGAACUGCCGGUACCCUUUGGCUCGACUGACUCACCUGCUGGCUGUGGACAGACUUGAGGAGGCUGAGGCGUUGUGCCAAACGCAGGGUUUGAUGAUGCUGGAGGGGAACGUCAUUUUUCAGAAAGGAUCUUUCAAAGACUCUGGUCACCUACAGCACAGGCCUUCCUGCCUGCUUGUAGAUGGGAAGUGGGGAGAGACCACUUUGCAGGAGUUCACAGAGGCCAUCUGCAGCUGAAUGGAGGGACUGGGGCCUGCACUGAAAGGCCGUGUUUUCCCCUUGCUCAGCCUAAGUUGUGGUUGGCUCUGCAUGAGUGGUAAAAUGAGGUGUGGGAGAGAUUCUUACGAAGCUGAAGUUGGUUCCCAGUUCCCAGUUCCUUAUUUGCAGUUCCUUAUUCCUUAUUCGUUAUUCGCGAAGCCAAAGAAAAAUAUUGUGGGAAAACUGAAAAGCUAUAACUCCAAAAUAAAGUU